CUGCACCCAGCUUGAAUUCUCAUGAUUUCAUUUUAUUUAAAAUGUAUUGCUAAUUCAAUGUAACAAAAUGAAUUGCUUCAAAGAAACAGCCUGAAAAAAAGGAUGGUCAGCCUGCUUGUGUUAAUUUCCUCUUUUGAGCUGAGUUGUCUUCUCAUUGAAGGGAACAUUGUUGCCAGACCAGUCGCACUUGGACCAUGAGGCGAAAACAUUGCUUUCUAGGUGUCCUGGUCAGUCUCCUCCUGACUGGUGGAGAAGGAAUUCUGCCAGCCCAUGAUUCUCUGAAGCCUCAGAAGGUACAGUUUCAGUCCCGAAAUUUCCAGAACAUUUUGCACUGGCAGCGUGGGAAGGCACUUACUGGCAACAACAGUACCUAUUUUGUGCAAUACAAAAUGUAUGGCCAGAGACAAUGGCAAAAUAAAGAGGACUGCUGGGGGACUCCAGAACUCUUUUGUGACCUUACCAAUGAAACCUCAAAUCUGCAGGAACCUUACUACGCAAGGGUGAGGAUGGCCUCUGCUGGGCGCUACUCCGACUGGAGCUUGUCACCGCGCUUCUUUCCUUGGUGGGAAAUGAAAAUAGAUCCUCCAGUUGUAAACAUAACCCAAAUAAAUGGGUCUUCAUGGGUGGUACUCCAUGCCCCACAUUUGCCAUAUAAAGAACAAAAAGGAAAAAAUAUAUCAAUGGAAAAUUACUACAACCUACUAUACCGAGUUUUUAUAAUCAAAACUUCACUGAAAAAGGAGCAACAAGUAUAUGAAGGGACUAAUGGUGUUGCUGAAAUUGAAGCUCUCACGCCUCACUCUGGCUACUGUGUAGUGGCUGAAAUAUAUCUGCCCCUGUUAGACAGAAGAAGUCAGAGAAGUAAAGAGAGGUGUGUGGGAACCCCAUGACUGAUUAUGGAGUGCUCCGCAGUAUGGAAAUCAAAAGCUCUCUGAGGAUGGGAAGGCUCAUGUUUAAGAAUUUUUUGAAAGUCUUUUCCAUGUUUUCUUUAAGCAAUGUUCACUGUUACAUUUCAGACACUUAUUUUGUUUUUCUAUUGUUUCUUUCUUAAUAUUUCACUUGUGAACAAAAUUUGACUGAUACCCUUCAAAAAUUAGAAUGUAAAGAAGGUAAAGAAUAAAGGGCUCUGUGAAAUACAGAAACUUAUUUCUGAUUGUAACAUCCUGAAAAAUGAUCUUCAUUCUCCUAAAACAGCAAAACAAAAUCUAAGAACCAAAGAAUAGUAGGCAUUUAAUAAAAGUAUUGAAUGAAUUUUUUGAAAAUAGAAUUACAGGCUGAGAGACAAUCCUUAAGAAUCAUUUUUCACUCUGUUGAGUCAGUUAAUUUGACAUAGAUAUUCCAAUUUAACAUUUUUAUACGAAUGUUUAUCUAUGCAUUUCUAUUUGAUGUAAUCAUACUUUUUCUAUAUUUAUUUUCUAUUAUGAAAUAUUUCUACUUACUGACCAAAAUUUUGUUUUAAGUCCUGUUCUGUAUAUAUAAGAACAGUUUUUUGAAAAAAAAAUACUCAUGAUCUCUGGAUUAAUAUCUAGAUUAUUAACAAUAACAUCUAAACAUCAAGAGAGGUCCACUCAAUAUAAUUUCCCCCAAUUAACGUGUAAUUACAUUAAGAUUUUCUUUUUUGUUUUUGUUUGGUUUUAAUAUUGUCUUCAAAGAAUAUAUCUUUAUUCCCAAAAUUAAGUGUAAUAUUUCUCAAAAAGAAAAAGAAAAUUUACCUCCCCAUUUGGACCACAAUAACAGCUCAACUCUCCUGGCAAAGGGUGUCUUACUGAAAACCCCUUCAUCCUUGCUGGUGGAGGAUCUUAUGAAUAAAAGUGUGAUUGGGACUCGCUAGAAUCCAUGGAGAGAGCUUGGCUUGAAUCUAAGGCACACAGAUGGUGGUCAUUUUGUUUGGGAUACUUUUGGAGAUUAUAGGGAUAAUCAGAGUCCUCCAACCACACACCUCCACACCUCUAAAGACCAGUGGCCUAAACCUCAAUAAAGUCAUCUUCACUUGGGGCUAAGUUCUUGAGGUGUGGAUCAGAGAACACUUGAAUAAUUUCUUAUAAAAAAUUGUGCCAAAUGUGAUUGUAAAACCAUAUAACUAGUACUCCUGAUUGUAUACAAUUAGUCACAAUAAUAAAUGGAUUUUCAAUUAUUCAGAAAUGCAUGGGGUGGGAUAGAAGAAAAAGAGUUAGAGAAUUGAUUUCAUUGCUUUUCCAUAUGCUCAGGAGCAUAGACUUAGAGAGUGAAAAAAAAGAAUUUUGUGUUUUUGAAUUGUGGAUUUUAUUUUUUAUAUUUAGCUUAUUACUUGGCUAUUUUUUG